AUGCCGAAUCUCCACGCACAUUAUUACCAUGGCAACGUCAAGGCGUUCCGCCAGGAGCUGGAUGGAACCCCGGCGGUGAACGGUGGCCAGCGCAGCGGCGCUGGCCCGUCGAGCGCUUCUGGAGGCCGGUCAUGGACGCUCACUGCGUUCGCGCAGCCUGUCAAGGGCGACCCGAACGAGCGUGACGCGUUUGGACGGACUGUCCUCCACAUUGCAGCGUCGACCGACACGCCCCAGGCAUAUGCAUUCUUCUCCGUCCUCCUGCGGAAUCCCAACCUCUCGGUCAACCUCCAAGACUACGAGUCUGGGUAUACGGCGCUGCACCGUGCGCUGUACGCGGGCAACAUUCGUGCAGCUCGCGACCUCCUCUUGCGCAACGACAUUGAUGUCAGCGUCAAGGACACCGAGGGGCUUACAGCGUUCGACCUGUACAAUGGGACUGUUGAAGGAACAAAUCCGCCCAGUGGUGACAUUGACGGUACCGACCUGUUCGUGUGGGGUGUGAACCGCAACUAUUCUCUCGGCACCGGUGACUCGAGCGACAAGGCGUGGCCCGACCGCGUGCACCUCCUCACCCAACGGCAAGCGAGCGAUCACCCAGACCCAGCCCAACGUUUCUACAACGUGGGGGUCAAGGACGCCGUCAUGGCCAAGCUGCACACGGGAGUCGUCACGACGGAAGCCCGUGGAAACUUGUCUCUGUGCGGUUUCGGCGCCCAUGGACGGCUAGGACGCGCAGUACACUCCCAAAUGGCGCUGUCGCCGCUGCCGGACAUGCCUCACACGUUCACCAAACUUGCUUUGGGCCAGGACCACACCCUCGCCCUCACGUCGGGUGGAUACAUCCUGGCCUGGGGAAGCAACCGCUACUGCCAGCUGGGAUACCCGAUGGAUGACAAGCCGGCCAACCCGUUUGCCAGGGACGGCGAUGAUUCCGUCCAGACGACCCCAAAGCGUAUUGUCGGUCCGCUCAAGAAGGAAUGGGUCCGCGGAGUGGCUGCUGGCCGCAUGUCGAGCGCGUGCUGGACCGCCGACGCAGUGUGGACCUGGGGUACCAACCAGGGACACUUGGGCUAUGAAAAGGCGUCAACCCCGACACAGGUUAACCCGAGAAAGGUGACAGCCAUCUCGCAGCCUGUUAUUGAUGUGGCCCUGUCUGACUAUGCGAUGCUGUGUCUCCUUGACUCGCUCGAGGUGCUCUGCUUUCACCAUGAUACGCACUUCAAGAUCAAUUUCUCGUCGCCGCAGCGCUCUCUCAAGGCGCCAAAGAAUCCCGGACAGGUCACGAUGGACCCGAACAUUGUCAAGGUUACGGUCUGCGGCCAGACUUUUGCAACACUGUCGCAAAAGGGUGACGUGUGUACAUUCCAGCUGCCUCACCCAUCUGAAGAAGCGGCCAAAGACGUGCGUGACCGCCAUGUCAUUGUCAAGCCGCAGAUUCAAUGGGCAUUGCGCAAGAACUUUACGGCCGUCAAGGACAUGGCGCUCGGUUCCGACGGCGCAAUUAUCAUCUGCACACACUCUGGCCACGUCUUUGUGCGGCAGCGGAUCAAGGCCGGGUCGGGAAAGCUCAAGUUCAGUCGCAUUCCCUACCUGCAGCGCAUCAUCAAGGUCGCGACCAACGACUCUGGCGCGUUUGCAGCUAUCCGCGUCGACGCGCGUCCAACCAAGAUUGUGUCGGUGGGCAAGACGCUCGAAGAGGACAUGUUCCUCCUGCAGCCACAUGUUAGGCGCUUUGAGAAUCAAAUGACCGCCGAGGACUUUGACGCCCGCGUCGCGGCUGUGACGAAGCAGAAUGCCGAAGACGACGAAGACGAAGCCUCCAACUCUGUCGCGAGGGACAGCGUGGUGGCGACCUCGCUGUGCCAGAUUCUUAGCCGAUGGCGCGCGAGCGAUGCCGAGACAUCGCUGUUUGCGUGGUCUGAAUCCUUGCUCGGCAGUGACGUGUCGCUCGUUGUGGGGGACCACUCGAUCCCGGCACAUAGCGUACUCUUGUCUCUCCGCUCGCCUGUGUUUGCGCGUCUGCUUUCUGGCGGCGCCGUCGAGGGAUUUACGUUGCGGCCCAAAAACGAAGACACGUACACCGUCGACAUGGCAGACGCUCACCCGCUCGUCCCUCUGUUGCUGCUGCAAUACCUCUACUCGGACGAAGUGGCGGCCAUCUGGGACUCGCGCGUCGUGUUCCUGCUCUCGACCAAGUUCCCCGACCUCAAGCUCCCCAUUGCCCAGAUCAAGGCCGACUUGCGGCGGUACGCCGAGAUUCUCGAACUGGCACCACUCCUACCCGUUCUUUCCUUGGGCUCCAAAUCGGCUAUUGCAACCAAGACGCUGGCCACGGAUCUGUCCGCCUUUUUCGCGCGCACGUCCACCCCUCCAUCGUCGACAUGCGACGUCGUCAUUGCGCUCGAGGACCGCGAGGUCGCAUGCCAGAGCGUCCUCCUCCGAGCACGCGUGCCCUUCUUCGAGUCCAUGUUCGCCGACCGCGACUGGACACUGGAUAGGCGUGCGGACGGAAAAGUCGUUGUCCGUAUGGACCACUUGCGCUGGAGACCCAUGAGGCUUGUCUUUAGGUAUAUCCACGAAGGCGUCGAGGACGACUUGUUCGACUAUCUCCACCAGGAGACGCUGGAUGAGUUUUUGGAUUUCGUGUUUGAGGUUCUUGCUGCAGCCACCGAACUGUUGAUGGACCGCUUGGUCCUCGUAUGCUCGCGCGUCAUUGCACGCCACUGCAACCCGUACAACGCGGCUGCACUGGCCACUGAGGCCUCGUUUUACCAGGCCUCAACGCUCAAGCAGAGCAUUUUCGACUACAUCAUCGAGUGUAUGGAGACAAUGCUCGAGAGCGGUCUGUUGGAUGACAUGGACGACGAUGUCUUGCGUGACCUCAUGGCGACAGUCUCGCGAAAACAGCUCGACAAGGCCAUGGUCCCUCGCUCUGGCGUGUUCGUCACCGAGCUCAUGAGCAGGCACCGUGAAUGGCUUGCUCUGCAAGACAUUCCAGUCCCGCGUGUUCGCGCGCCGAUCAAGUGGAAACCUCGGUCGCCGCUUCUACAGCCAAGCGACUACCAAGGAGCACGUUCCCCUCGCUCUCCGCUGGCCACUCCCGAUUUCAAGCCUCUGCAGCCCUCGUCAGCCGUGGACGAAAUCUUCUCCAUGGACGACGACGAUGUGCCACACCAGCCGUCGCCCAACGUCUACGGUGCAGUGUCGUCUAGUUCGCGGCCCAUGACCCCGCUCAGCCUUGGCUGCGCCGGAUCGAGCCUGGGCAAGGCGGCCGUGUGGAAGUCCAAGACUGUGCAAGCUGAGAAGGUCGAUUUGAGGGAUAUCAUGGCCGAGGCGGCCGCGUCGCGUUCACCCAGAGCCAUCCCGUCGACUCCUGCCAAGGUGCCAGUGCGGGGCGCGAAUGGAUCUCCAUCGCUCACUCCGUCGAGGGGACCGACUGGCACGACUCCAGGAUCGGCGGGCGCGCCAUGGCGCGCCGUCGCGCCUGCCACGCGCACGUCGUUCUCUGCUGUCCAGUCGCAGCAGGCGGCCACCACGACGUCACCGGUGUCAGCUUCUACAGCAGCCCUGUCCACUUCGCCUGUGGCCAACGUCCUCUCGCGCCCAGCGGGAUCCAUGGCGUCCCCCGUCCCAGCCACCAGUGCCAACCGGGUAAUCACGCCCGUCAGGCUGCCCACAAACGCAACCCCUCAACGGCGUACGGGCGCGACGGGACCGGCAUGGUCCACACCCACGACCUACGCCGCGCCUCCUCCCCGUCCUUCCCCGGUCACCAACUAUGCGUCUAUCAGCACCUCGCCUCAGUUCCAAUUCCAACCCCAAUCCCCACCCCAAGCGCCAGCACAGGCAUUCUCGCUACUUGCGAUCCAGCAAGAAGAGGCCGCUGCUGCUGCGCUCGCUUCCCAGAAAGCGCAGCUCAAAAGCUUUGCCGAGAUCCAAGCCGAGGAAACGGCCAAGAAGGCCGAGGCGGCGAGGGAGGUCGAGUUUAUGCGCUGGUGGCAGGAGGAGGAGGCCCGGCUGGCGCAGUUUGCUGGUGGUGCUGGUCCCAGCGCUCCUGGUGGGGCGAGCGGGAGUACCGGUGGGGGUACAAGUGGCAGUGGUGGACGCGGCCGCGGUCGUGGAACGCAGAAGCGUGUUCCGGCCCGCGGAGGGCGUGGCGGCGGGCGUGGCGGUCGGCAACAGGCCGAUGGCCGCGAGCCCAAGGAGCCCAAGGAACCCAAGGAGCGCGUCUCCAACCGCGACCCCCGUGAAGCGCGUAUUGAUGAUGGAGAUGUCGGUGUCGGAGGGAGUAGUGGAGCCGGAGGAGGCGGAGGAGGUGGGGGCAAGGGUAAAGGCCGCGGUGGCGGCGCGAGGCGCGGUAAGCCGUCCAACAAAACAGAGACGGCCGUAUCUAGCUAG